CCUGUGCGCGGCGAGCCGUGUGGCGGCGCGCGGGCUCUCGGGUUUCUCCGCGCGGCCGGGCCGAGCCGAGCCCGGUCCAGCUCAGUCACGGGCCCCUCCGCCGCCGGGCCCGGCCCGCUGCCGCCGCCCGCCCUCUCCCUGCCCCUGGCCCGGUGUGUGGGAGGCGCCGGGCCCGCUCGGACGAACGCCGACGCGCUCAAUGCCCAGGGUGUUCUGUUGGAAUAUACGGCGCACAUUUAUGGCGAUUCUGAGUGUGAGGGCAGACUUCUGCCAGGCCCAGCACAGCACCCUGGCUGACAAGUGAGCUGGGUGCAGGGGGUUUUACGUGCCAUAAUUACUUUGCCUUGAAGACUCCAGACACAGUGAACACUCUCAAAUAUAUGGGAUAUCUUUUGCAUAUUGGAAGCAUAUUCCUUUUACUGACUCUAGCAAAACUAAGCGUCAAGAAAACGAAGUGGAGAGAAAAUCUGCCCUUAUUUUUUUGCCUCACCAGUGCCUAAAUGUAGAACAGGCUGCCUAGUCUUGCAUGUAGUCAGAAUUUUUGGAGUCUGAAGGAUACCAUCUGCAGUAAUUGAGGCCUAAGUUGAAGGCAAGUGGAUUCUAAAGCAAACCUGCUUUUCUAGAAGUGAAGUCUUUAAGGAACAAACACGGCAAAGCAAGCUCUGAUCAAUCCCAGGCAUUUUAGUGGUCUUUUUAAUGUUUUCUGCUGUGAAGCAUUUCAAAAGUUAUUGAAUUUUUUUUUGCCCCUUACACAUUUUGUUUGCCAUUAUGAACCGUCCAGCCCCAGUGGAAAUUACCUAUGAGAAUAUGCGUUUCCUGAUCACUCACAACCCAACCAAUGCAACCCUCAACAAGUUCACAGAGGAGCUGAAGAAGUACGGAGUGACAACCUUGGUGCGAGUUUGUGAUGCCACUUACGAUCAAGCUCCUAUUGAAAAAGAAGGAAUCCAGGUUCUAGACUGGCCAUUUGAUGAUGGAGCACCACCCCCGAAUCAGAUAGUUGAUGACUGGCUAAACCUGUUGAAAAGCAAAUUUCGUGAAGAGCCUGGAUGCUGUAUUGCUGUUCACUGUGUUGCAGGGUUGGGAAGGGCUCCUGUCCUGGUUGCACUUGCUCUUAUUGAAUGUGGAAUGAAGUACGAAGAUGCAGUUCAGUUUAUAAGGCAGAAAAGGAGGGGAGCUUUCAAUUCCAAACAGCUGCUUUACCUUGAGAAAUACCGACCUAAGAUGCGAUUACGCUUCAAAGAUGCCAACGGUCACUGCUGUGUUCAAUAGAAAGAAAUACUAUACGAAGGCAGAAGUUUAUCAUGGCUGUUUUCUGGACUCUUGGCACCUGGAAAUGUGAAUCUGGAAUCAAACUACGUCAUCAAUAUAGUGGUGGAGUCAGUCCUCCUCAACCUCUGUCCUAAUGGUGGUGAUGAUUUAAGAAAUAAAAAAUAAAAAAAAAUAAAAUUAAGAGAAACAUUUCAGUGAAGGAUUAUUUUCUCCUCAGGCUGCAGUUUGAACAUCUGCAAGGAGAAAAUCAGUUUCAGAACCUUCUGUAUUUUUAACUUUUUAAAAAAAGAAAUAAAGUAAAUUUUAUGUUUAAGGAAAACCAGCAGAGCAUUGGCUUGUGCAGAAGCUAUUUUCUUGAUUUGAGGAAAGUAUCCCACAGUUAGGUCCUAAUAUGUUAAUUCCCAUGGGACUCUUUUAAAUUGAGUUAAUUGGGGUUUUUUUGUUUUGGAUUUUUUUUUCUUUGCUGAGAGCUGGCAGACAGAAAUGAGGAGGAGCUUUUGUUGCUGUAUGUGAGCAGUCUGACAGCCUUAAGCCCAACCUGGGCAUUCUGCUAGAGAUUCAAUGAUGUUUGUGUUGUAUGUCCACAUGGUGUUAGGCUCUUCAGAUAUGAGGAACUUUCUGGUGGGCUUUAACAGAAGACUCAAUAUCUUUAUUGAACUUGCUAAAGGCCUUUUUUGAUUGGUGGGAGAUAGUGUUUUAAACUGUGUGUGUGUGUGUGUGUGUGUGUGUGUGUGUAUGAAUGCAUGCAUGUGUGUGCUUUUGUGUGCGUGUAAGUCGUAUUUCUCCAAAGAAUUUGGCUGAAAGGUAAAUUAUCUUUCUUUUGUUAGAUAGAAAAUCUAUCCAGCAGAAGACAAAUGUUCAAACUGUCAUAGGUGACCAAGGGGGAGUUCAGGCAAAGACUUAAUAACUUAUCUGUCAUGAGGAAAGCAAAAAAACCUUUUUGCUGCUGCCCAGAUUCUCUGCCUUACUGAACACAGUAAAUCAGGACUUGGAGGGAGGGUCUCAUUUGUACUGUGUAUGAGGUUAAGCUAGUAUGCAUAGAAAUGUGGUCCAUGAAUAUAUAUGCCUGAUAUGGGUAUUUUCCCAGACUAGCCUUCAUGUACAGUUCAGUUUAACCACUGAUUGCCUUGUUAUUUUUUAUUAGACUCUUCUGGAGGGAGAAUCUCUGGUUGCACACCAACAUGCCUAACAUGCAUUGACAGACCAUAACUUAAGGAGUGGGAAACACGUGCUGGUUUCGGAGCGUGGCGGCUGAAUGUAUGAUUUUGGGGCCAGCACUGCAUUCUGUUUGUAGGGCCACUGAUUUGCUCACUGGAUUAAUCAAGACAAGUCAUUUUACAGCCUUUAAGAAGCAGUUUCAACCAGGCUGCUUUACCAAACACAGGUUAACUUAGUGCCCUGCCCUGUUAGUGACCUCAUGUGCUUUCACUUUGACAUUAUGUCUGUAAUACGCAGCCACUGAAGGCACUGGAUACAGGUUUAAGGUCAUACUGUCCUGUGAUCUUUUACUAUGGAGCACCAAAGGCUUUUGUCUGUGCCUGUAGUGGGUGUAGACUGGUACCCAUCUCCUACUGAUACCUCAGAUGCUGGCGAUGUGAACUGCCUGCACAGGAGUUCUUCCUGUUCUAGAGUUGUUUUUAAUUUGUAACAUAACUGCACAAACACUUUCAGAAAACAGGUGAUGGACAUUUUUAAUUUUAUUCCUAGAAGGGAUUUAUAAAUUUAAGCAAAUAUAAUGGUACUUGUCAAGCCCCUUGCUUUACAGAUAUGCCAACAGGCCUGUGUGUAGGUUCAUGGCUAGAAAAGACUGCACUCUGCAAAACUCUUGUCUUGUACCCUGACUCAAGUUUUAUUGUUGUAAUAAGUUCCUUCCUCCCUUUAAGAUGUGUAAUGUUCCUGAUUUCUUUAAUAGAUAAAGGAAACGCAAAAGUGUUUGUGAUGUUAAUGCCUACAUUAGGGAAAUAACGUGGUAAUGUUUGAUUCCAUGUGGAAGGUAGAUAAUGCUGAAAGUAUCUAAUUCUGGCCUUUACCUUCCCCUCACAAACUAGAAACUAAUGUUCUAACUGUUUCUGCAAAUUAAAAUCGUUGAUGUUUUUAAUAAAAUGAAAUACUGGUAGUUAAAGCGGACUUGACAAAUGACAGAUGGUGAACUGGAGGGGAAGGUGUUGAGCUGGAUUUAAAACCAAAACCCAAGCCCUUUUGAAGAACAAUAAAAAAUAUUUUACAUGCUA